AUGUCUCAAAAGAGUCAAGAAGAAAUGCUUAUGGAAUGGUUAGAGAUUCCACUAAGCAGUGAUGACGAUCUUGAGUGUUUCUCUGACGAUUCCAUUCAAGAUGAGACAUAUGUUGCUCCAGAAUCUGUUGAUUGUGAUAGUGACAGUAGUGACGAAGAAAGUCAAGUACCAGUAAUUAGGACUGAAGAUGUUUCUGGAACAAGACAAUCUGAUGUUAUAAUGAAGGAAUCGACGUCACAGUUGUCUGAUAAUGCUCUGAAACUGCCAUGCAGCAGCAAAAAUGUUACCAAAAACAGCAGGAGUGUGGUUUGGAAAGAUAAACAGUUGAUUAUUCUCGAACUGCAGUCAAAAUUUCAUGGCAAUACUUCGUUACCAGAAGAAGUAAUAAACUUAAAUACUCCAUACCAAUUCUUCAAUCAUAUAUUUCCAUCUAAAUUGUUUGAUCUAAUUGUCGAAGAGUCUCAUAGAUACAGUGUGCAGUGUAAUCCUGAUAGACCAAUAGAUUUAUCCUGUGAUGACGUAAAAAAAUUUAUAGGCAUCUGUCUCGUAAUGUCAAUAGUUCAUGUACCUAAUACGAGGGAUUACUGGGGAGAAGUUACUGGUACUCAUCUGAUCAAGACAACAAUGACAGUGAAUCAGUAUGAGCAAAUACAUAAGUUUCUUCACUUCAAUGACAACAGUGCAAUGAUACCCAGGGGUGAAAAAGGUCAUGAUAGACUCUUCAAGAUAAGACCCAUAAUAGAAUUGAUGAGAUCUCGGUUUCAAACAAUACCUGUUGAGGAGUGUGUUUCUGUUGAUGAACAGAUAUGUUCAACAAAGGCUAGAAGUUAUUUGAAACAAUACAUGCCAAACAAGCCUCAUAAAUAUGGAUACAAAUUAUUUGUUAUUAGUGGCAUAUCUGGUUAUGCCUACGAUUUUGAGAUUUUCACUGGAGAUGAAAAUGAACCAGAAAAAAGAGUGACUGGGGAGGAAGACUUGGGAGCAAGUGCAAAUGUUGUAGUUCGACUCAGUAGGAUACUACCAAGAAAUAUGAACCACAAACUGUACUGUGACAAUUAUUACACAAGUCUGCCACUGCUUGUAUGGUUACAUAAACAAGGAAUUUACUCACUUGGGACAGUCAGAAGAAACAGAGUGCCAGACUGCAAGCUCCCUUCAGAAGCUGAGCUGAAGAAAAUGGCAUGA